AUGGCCGAUCAAGACAGGAAGAGUGAGGACCAAGAGUCCACGACCUUGAAGCCUCAACCAACAAUCAGCGUGACUCCUGACGAUGGUGUAGAGGAGUUUGGUAGUCCAACUGAUCAACUAGAAGAGCCAGAUCUCCAGCCACAACGGAGAUCGACAACUGAAAGCACAAUACAGACAAUCACACCAUCAAAUCCUGGUCUACCGAUUCAAUUGACCUUCAAGAUCAAGUCUCAAAUGGCUCGGCUACGCUUAGCCCAAUCAUUCACUCAGCAAAUCAAAGACCAACAACAGACAAUCACUAAAGAAGAAAGACUCUCGCUGGAGAAACAACUCACAGCGCUGCACGAGUCAUUCAAUUCAGAACAUCAAGUGCUCGAGGAGGUUUGGCCACCAUCUCAAUUUCAUCAUCCGUACAUUGUGGAUGAUGUCUUUGAGACAUUCAACAAAUCAGUCUCAGACUUCUUCAUGAUAUCUGCUAAGGUAGCUUCCAAGGAACCUCCAGCACAAUCAACAUCAACCAGUGGUGCAUCUGACGUAGCACAAGCAUUAGCCCGACUUCCAAAGUUAUCAGUACCAAAAUUUUAUGGAACCAGUGCAUCCUGGUUGUCAUUCAGAGAUCAGUUUGAGUCCAUGAUAGCCAAUCAACCUGGUCUGGAUGAGGUAAUCAAGUUUAAUUAUCUCAAAUCAGCUCUUUCAGGUCCAGCUCUCUCUCUGGUAGAGAACCUUCCUCACACGAAGGAAUCAUUCACCAAGGCAUGGUCGACACUCAAAUCCAGGUACGAGAAUCGCAAGAGGCUCAUCAAUGUUCACCUGGAAAAACUCUUCAGCCAGUUUGCUGAGUCUAAAAGAGCUGCUCUUCAUUCAGCCAAGAUAUCAUCUUUACUCACCAUCGUAGACAAUUCAUUGGACUCACUCAAGCUAUUGGGACAAUCAACUGAGAAUUGGGAUACAAUUCUCAUCUUUCACAUUCUCAAACAUCUUGACCAACACUCUCGUGAGCUCUGGGAAACUCAGGACAAUGAUCUUGAGCGGAUGGCUACGUACUCAGAGUUUCGUGAGUUUCUGCUGGCUCGGAUUCGUACCUUGGAGAAACUGGAGCCACGAAUCAAAUCAGACAAUCAACAACGCUCAUCGCAUUCAACUACCAGUGAGCGUAGAUUCAUUUGUGACUGCUGCAAUGGCGGUCAUUUCAUCGUAGUCUGCCCAGAAUACAGGGCUUUGCCUCUUGAACAGCGAUUGAGGACUGUAGACAGUAAAAAACUCUGCAGGAACUGUCUUGGAAGACAUAACACACCAGCUUGCACCAACAAGAACAGAUGUAAGGAGUGCAACUCUAAACAUCAUACAAUGUUCCAUUCACUACUAUUCAGACAAUCAUCAAGCAACAACAAUCAAGCGUCUUCCAGGACACAAUCAUCACAACAAUCAUCAUCAGACACUCAGCCUUCAACUUCACAGCAAUGA